UCGAGCCCUUGGCCUCUGGGACAGACGAAGCCACUGGACAAGGUUUUGCUGUUCAUAGUGUUUUAUCGCUACAGCGGCCAAUGAUGCACUCACAAGCUCAGAGCAGAAACUUGACUUUGCGGUCUUUCCAAUGACACCUCUGUCCCAAGAGGGGUUUCUACAGUAGGAAGAUGAAAGCAUCGUGUGUUGAGUUCCUCCUCCUUCUGGCAGCUAUUGCAGCCCAGUACAAAGCAUCAACUCCACCAGAAGCCUGCAGCACAGCAGAGACUGCGGACAUUUUGUUCCUCGUGGACGAAUCGUGGAGCAUCGGGGAAAGCAAUUUCCAGCUGAUCAAGGACUUCAUCUACACCAUCAUACGGACGUUUGAAAACGUGGUGGUGGGAAAGUCGGGUGUCCGUCUGAGUGUGGUGCUCUAUGGGGACAAACCAAGAGUCAGUAUCGAUCUGACGGACUACAUCACCAUUGAGGAGGUUCUGGUGGCUGUCCGAGAUCUGCUCUACGAAGGGGGCAAUACCAAGACAGGGAAUGCCCUCUCCUUUGUAGCAGACACAAUGGUCAGUGUGGGGACACUGAGAGAAGAUGCUGCAAAGGCUGUCGUUUUAAUCACAGAUGGGAAAUCUUCUGAUUCCGUUGAGGAGCCAGCAGCGGCCCUUAAGAACAGGGGGGUAACCGUGUUUGCUGUGGGAAUCAGAAACGCAGAUAGGAACGAGCUGAAGAAAAUAGCAUCCGAUCCCAUCGAAGAGCACAUGCUCUACGCCAAAGACUUUGGCCAACUCGGCAGCCUCUUGCGAAAGGUGUCCCGGAGGCUUUGCUUCACGGCCUCGGAGCCCCCGCAACCGGCCAAGCAAAUAGCCAGUGUUGAGAAGAUUGUUGGGCCGCGGGACCUCACAGUCAGCGAACAGAGUCACAGCUCUCUGAGACUUAGCUGGACACCGGCGACCGGGAAGGUGACCAGCUACCGUAUCCUCCUGGAUUCACUUUCGGCUGCUGGGCAGAUCUCUCCAGUGGAUCAGCAGCAGAUUGUUUUGGAAGCCAACAAGAGCUCAGCGCUGGUGACGGAUCUGAAACCAAACACCAAAUAUUUCUUCACUGUCAUGGCCGUCUACUCUGACGUUCUGGGGGAGCCAGCGACUAUCAAAGCGAGAACAACAUCCAUACCUAUGGUGACUCAUUUCCGGGUCGUAGAAGAAGGACUGUUCAGCCUGAAAGUGGCUUGGACUCCUCCUUUGGGAAAACUGGAAGGCUACAAGGUCUACCUGCCAACAAACAGGCCUGGGUCGACCUCGGAAAAGAUUCUGGCCAGAGAUGUCUCCUCACAUGUCCUUGACAACUUGCAGGAGGACACAAACUAUACGGUCAGCAUUUAUGCCGUCUACCCAGAAGGGCCGAGUCAGGCGGCGUCAACGACUGGCAGAACUUUAAAGCUGGUGCCCGUGGGGAACUUCGUGCUCCAGAAUGCAACAACCAAUACUAUCCAGGCCAGAUGGAUGCAAGUCAGAGGUGCCUCAGGAUACAGGCUGACGUGGGAGUCUUCAGAAGGCAGCGUCCAGAACGUGAACUUGGGUGACACUUACAGCUACUACAGGAUCCAAGGUCUGCAACCAGGCAAUGAAUACGUCGUCACAGUGAAUCCGGUCUUUGGCGCCAUUGAGGGACCGAUAGUCACUGCGAAGGCAACAACCUUGUCGUCCAGCGCCGUGCAGAUUUUGAAAGCAACCGAGGUCACCAUCAGUUCUGUGCUGGUUUCCUGGAACGCGGUGCCCGGGGCGACUGGGUACCGGGUGACGUGGGGCCCAACGCCAGAGUUCUUCGGAAGAGACCGACCCCGGCAGCUUGCUCUGAACAGUUCCAAUACGGCUUACCGCCUGCAAAAUUUGGCUGAUAACACGGAAUAUGUGAUUUCGCUGUAUGUCCUUUUUGGUUCGGUAGAGGGUCCGGGGAUCACCAUUACUGCGAGGACCUCUCCUCUGGGUUACGUGACUCAUUUCAAGGCAACCUCUUCCACGAGCUCCUCCAUCUCUCUGUCCUGGAGCGAUGUCCCUGCAGCCAACAAAUAUAAGAUUGUCUGGAAACCAUCUGGAACUGAGCUAGAGAAAGACACUGCUCAGAGCCAUCUCCUAGACAGCGGAGUGCUUGCUUACCGUUUGGAAAACUUGCUGCCUGAUACCCAGUACACCAUUGGGAUUUGUGCUGUGUUUGGAGCCUCCGAUGGAAGAGUCGUGACCCUUACUCAAGGCACCGCAGGAUCUCAUGGGAACCUCUCUGUUCCCCUUCCAGUGGUUCCAUCUGCAAAACCUAUUACAACUAGAUUCCUGUCAUUGAGUUCAAGACAAUCCACUCCUCCAGCAGCCACCUCUCUCAGGCCAAGAACCACCUCUGCACACGCAGCCAGGAUCCCCAAGGCAACAGCACCGCCAGCUACCACCCCUGGCCCAGUCUGCAGCAAAUACAAAGCAGACAUUGCCUUUCUGGUGGAUGAAUCGUCAAGCAUCGGCCAAAGUAACUUUGCCAAAAUAAAGGACUUCCUCUUCCGCAUCGUCUCUUAUUUCCCCAGAAUUGGGCCUGAAGGUACACAGAUUGCUGUAGCUCAGUACAGCGAGGAGCCCAGGACGGAAUUCCACUUUAACCGUUAUAGGGACCGGAAUAGCGUUUUGAAAGCUCUCAAGAGACUCCGCUAUGCUGGCGGAAACACAAAAACCGGCGAGGCCAUCGGCUACGUCUUGAAAGAGAUAUUUCAAGCCUUCAAGGGAAUGAGACCCUCUGUGUCCCGCACCCUGGUGUUGCUGACGGACGGGCCAUCUCAGGACGAUGUUGCGCCCCCAGCCAAAGUGGCCCACCUUAUAGGGAUCCGCGUGAUCGCUGUAGGCAUUUCGGGGGCUGACCCGGAAGAACUGAAAAGAGUCUUGUUGCAUCGGAACUUGAACAACCUGUUCUACGCCAGCACUUUUGACGACCUCCCACUGAUCCUCAAGGAGCUCAUAGAAACCAUUUGCUUUGGGUCCCAGCAAGUUGUUGCCAAGCCACAGGAAAGUGGGAUUUCCAGCAAGGAGAUGAACAAGGUGGAAGGGCUUCUGGAUGCAAAGAGGGCCGUACCCGUGUCCAGUUCCUCUUCAGUUCCCCUGACGGUUCAGACCCCGCAAGGACCCUGUGACCCACGGUGCUCAAAAGCGCAGAAAGGCGAGAAGGCAAGUAUUAUAACUUGAUCAGGGUUUUUU